AUGGGUUUUAGCUGUCUCUUACCAUCGCGCUCGCUUAUCUGCGUCUCUGGUGUGGCGGCGCAUGAAUUUCUCCAGGGACUCUUCACAAACGAUUUGCGUUUGCUGCAGCCGGGCAAAAGUAUAUGGGGAUGCUUCUUGCACCACACUGGCCGAGUAAUGUGUGACGCUUACCUUUACCAACUCGCACGGGCUAGUGAGGGAGAGGCACGUAUUCUGGUGGAUGUCCAUCACGAUGUGGCAGAUGCCCUGCACGAUCACCUGUUGGAGAUGCGCAUGCGCAAACGGGUGCAGAUUUACAACGCCGGAAAGGAGUUGGUGGUGGUGGCCGCCUCACCGUGGGGGGAUAGAGGAUUUCAUGCAGGGAAGAAGGGGGAAGAGGAAGAGGAAGAGGCAUCGUCGCUCGCGCAUAAAUGCGACACGUUCACGGAUCCCCGCAGCUUUGCGUUUCCCGCACCUUUGCAGAAACGCAUUUUCCCUGCGGCGGCCGCGCCCUCCAUAACCGAUCCGGUGUCGCAGUACGAGACGCUUUUGUACAUCUCAGGCGUUGGUGAGGGGCCGGACGUCUUUAGGCCCUCUAAGUCACUCCCAUUUGAGUGCAACACGGACUUCCUUCGGGGCGUCAGCUUCCGCAAGGGGUGCUAUCUGGGCCAGGAGCUCACCCACCGCACCCACGUCACAUUGGUGACACGAAAACGCACCGUCCCCCUGCAACUACCAUCAUCCUCUGACGACGGAACCGGCGGCGAGCGGCGGGCGGUGGAAAAGGGCGAGGCGUUGUUGAUUGGUGGUCAAAAAGUUGGUGAGGUGCUUACCGUAUGCGGGGACGUUGGUCUUGGCUUGUUGCGGCUGCGCUACGUGGACGCUGUGACGAGAACGGCCCCUGGCCUGCAGCUGAAGGGUGCCCUGCCAGUUUCCAUCACCAUUCCGAGCUGGUGGGAAGAGAAGGAGUUGAAGAAGGUGCUGUCGCCGACGUAG